UGCAGCCGAGCAGCUGGCGGCGCGGAGCGGAUCGCAGGUUAGCCAUGUCAUCUGAGCCUCCUCCGCCACCACAGCCCCCAACCCACCAGACGUCGGUGGGGCUGCUGGACACCCAGCGGGCCCGAGAUCGGUCACCGUCCCCUCUUCGGGGCAACGUGGUCCCCAGCCCACUGCCCACCCGCCGGACAAGGACCUUCUCAGCGACGGUGCGGGCUUCUCAAGGUCCCGUCUACAAAGGAGUCUGCAAAUGUUUCUGUCGAUCCAAGGGCCAUGGCUUCAUUACCCCGGCAGAUGGCGGCCCUGACAUCUUCCUGCACAUUUCCGAUGUGGAAGGGGAGUACGUCCCCGUGGAAGGCGACGAGGUCACCUAUAAGAUGUGCUCCAUCCCCCCCAAGAACGAGAAGCUGCAGGCCGUGGAGGUGGUCAUCACCCAUCUGGCCCCGGGCACCAAGCACGAGACCUGGUCUGGUCACGUCGUCAGCUCCUAGGAGAGGCCGGAAGCACCCCUUUCUCCUGGGCUUGCGGGAGACUCUGGGGGGAGGAGGCAGGACCAAACUGGAGAUGCCGGUCUACUGCUUUAGAUGGGGCUUCAAAGGGGGGAGCCCAGUCCCUUUCGAGUAUCUCCUGGAGGAAGGGGUGUGGGGGGCAGGCAUGGGGGUGCUCUUGGCCACCAGCACAGCUUCUGACCAUUGCAACAGCCUCUCACCAUCUGAAAAGCAUUAAAAGCAUGGAAAAAGGAGGGGCGCCCACUGGUGGCUGAGUGAAGGGUCCAACCCCAGCCCGGGGGUGGGUCAGGCAGUGCUUCCCCAACCCAUAGUGUCCUUUGUGCCCCUGGACUGGAAACUUAAGAGUCCCCAGGCCCAGUCCACGCCGGGGCUGACCGGGGCCCUGCACGUUUCCCACGAUGCAUUCUUACCCAUGUGGCCAUCC